UGUUAAAACAAUGCUGUACAAAGAGUGUAGAAGUAAACGCGUGCAUUAUCUGCAGAGUAUUACCAAGAAAGAGCAAUUAUGUCCCAUUGUGUAUGUACUAACUACUCGCGGGUGGAAAUCAUGGCAGGCAAACAAAACAGACAAAUUUAACCAAGUAAGCAAUAUGGAUUUUCCCGACUGGAUUAACACGUCUAUUCUCAAGUUUAUUGCAGAAAAUGCUGAUGAACAAGUUGGGAACCGAAAGGAUAUUUUAGCUAAACCUACCCUUUAUUGGGUAGUUGUGAACGACAGAGAUUUCGAACCUGGUAACAAACUGAAAUUGAAGUCAAUUGGUCAAACACAAGUUUACGUUGGCAAAGCAAACAACGGAAUUCAAGGACGAUGGAUUACAGACGGUAAGAGCCAUUGUGAAAUGAUCAAGAAAUGCUUGGACAACGUGUGUGCCAUGACGACCUAUGAUCCGUUGAGAUUGGAAGGAAUUCAACUGGUAGAUGCCAGGCUAGCGUUAGCCAAAGUUAGAGGGGAGAGAACUGCUUUAUUUGUGAUCAAAACCUUUGGUGAUGCUGUCGAAAAAGCAGAAAUAGCUCUACAGAAAGCUCAAGUACGUUUGAAUAAAGCUCAAAGAGAUGUGGAUAGUGCUACAGCACCUUCGCGUACGCAAACAGCAUACCCAUGUAUCACACCAGGACCGGUUACAAUGCCAUACCAGUAUAACCCACCAAGACCGGUUACGAUGUCAUACCAGUAUAACCCAACAGGACCGAUUACGAUGCCACCCCAGUAUAACCCAGCAGGACCGAUUACGAUGCCACCCCAGUAUAACCCAGCAGGACCGAUUACGAUGCCACCCCAGUAUAACCCAGCAGGACCGAUUACGAUGCCACCCCAGUAUAACCCAGCAGGACCGAUUACGAUGCCACCCCAGUAUAAUCCAGCAGGAUCGUGUACGAUGCCACACCAGUAUAUCCCACCAGGACCGUUUACGAUGGCACCCCAGUAUAACCCACCAGUAUAUCCCAUCAUGCCACAAACAAGCCCUUUAAAUACAACAUCUUCGCGAGAAUCCAGUCGAUUACAGGAAUUAGAGGCAGAAGUAGAGAAACGACAGGAGGAAUUGGACGAAGCCACAGCUGUUGACAAUGAUCCAAAAACAAUUAGGAAAGCGAAGGCCGAAACUCAACUUACACAAGCAGAGAAACAGCACCGAAAGGGUAAAAGAGUCCACGAACCCUGGAAGAACAUUAUUCCGUAUAAGGACUACCAGAUAUCAUGGAAACCAACCGACAUGGGAUAUGGAAUGAACUGUCAUUAACAUUCACUAUCGCGAAAAUAUAAUAAGAAUUAGGAGAACAUACGGAACUUCUGGAAUGCACAGUGCAUUGUGGGAUACGCGUAGAUCAAUAAUUCAUUGUUGAAAAAUUACCGGUGACGUAAUCACUUCUAAGGUAAAUAAAUAACUUACUAUUUUUUACUUGUAACUGUGAUCAUUUUAUGAGCUGUAGACAUUUACUAAAACGAAUAAACAGUUUCAGAUUCCUGCUUACGAAAUGAACUGUUCAAGAACGCGUCUGACUAUGAUGACAGUCUCAAAGCUUGGGUGGUUGACAACGUUGCUUGCAGCGUUGCAUAUAAAACAGUUUUGAAGUACUGCACCUCAAUGUGAAAAAGAACAUUUAUAUGUUUUAUUAACUUUAUGUAUGUGAUUUUAACUCUGUAAUUCUAUCUUUUUACUGCAAUGACAAUGUUGAUAUUUAGUCGUUAGAAAUUAUACUCAUAUCAACUUUGAGGCACUUUUUGUCUAUGCAAUACCAUAUUACACGAUAAUUUUUGCUGCUGCAGCGCUGCUAAGUUUGCAC